CUCUCUCCUUUCUGCUCCUUUGUUGGCCUGAGCUUUGGCCCGGCGGUUUCGUCAUCACCUUGCGAAAAAAAAAAAAAAAAAAAAUCCAUGCUUGCGUUUCCCCUCUGAACCGAACUCGCUCUGGACCUGGUCAUGUCGGUUCACGGGCACGCAUUGCGAUCCCUGCUUGGGCUGUCUAUACCUCAGUAUUCUGUCAACCUCAAAUUUUUCUGAGAAGGUGAAAGUCCCUGCCUGGGGGCGCUUUUAGACGAUUCGUCUUAUUCCUAGACGGGUAGCAAUCUUUUGUGCGUCUCACCCCUCCCGCCGCUAUGGGACCCGGUGCAGCCAGUUUGGAUAGCCUUCCGGGGAAGUCGGAAGAAGUGCAAGUGAGUGUCUCAUCUGUCCUCGAAGGAGCAGAUCCCAGGACCAAUGAGCCGGCCAAGCCCCCGUUUGUGACGCCUACCUCCCUCCGACGCGCCCAUACCGUUGCACAAGGAAGGUACUUGGGAGGGAAAACAAACGUCGCUUCGAGUUCGGCAAAGGAAAUGAUAUCGCUUUCCUCGCUGCGGUCCAAGGACAGCCAUGAAUUGCUGCGCAAGCGGCCUACCAAGCAACCAGGCGAUCCCCAGCAAUCUCCAAGAGAGGCAUUCAUACCUGCGAGGGAAUCUAGCCACUUCACCGUUGGGAAUGUUGGCCAGAAUGGCAAAAUAUUUCUAAGGCCUAUUCGAAAUCUGUCCCUCAAGGAACCUCGUCGCCCGCCGACCUCCCCGCCGAUUAAUCAACCCAAGCCGGAGUUUCUUCCCCCGCAAGCACAAGAUGGCUAUGGACAAGAGGAGCCUUCGCGAUGGUCGAAUUCGCAACUAUCCGAGCUGCGCCCAGAACUUAUGGAGGGAAGUCGCGAGGACGGCGCCUCGAUCAUCUCUGGAUCGGCCCGGUCUGAAGCACAUUACCACACCCGCCAACAUCCUCUCCAAAGAUCUCACUCCUUUUCCACUAUCUCAGACCAGCGGUCGGCAUCGCGUGCCGGGGGCCGCAGCGAGUUUCGUAUUGUCAUCGAUCGGCCUGGCGAUCGACCUAGGUCCGCGGAUGCGUCUUUCAUCCAAUCCCUAGAGGUUUCUGUUCCAAACUACCAGUUGGGUGUUUCGCAAUUCUCUACAAGUGACAAUGUUUUGCCAAGCUCGAUAUAUUCUACAGAAGCAUGGAAUUCUAGCAUUGCUCCCAAUGCCUAUCUAGAUAACCCGGCUAGGCCCUCCUUUGUUCCCUCCAUGUUUUCGGGCGUAUCUGCCAUGGAUUUGACUCGAACCACCGCUGUCAGCCCCGAUCCCGUCGUGUAUGACCAAAAGGAAUCCAUCAAGCCCUCCAUAUUCGAAGCAAUGGCAUCGGUUAUGGAUGAUGAAUCUGUUGUUCGCUAUGUUCCUGGAACGAAGAAUAUCGGGGCUGCUACCCCUGCGCGUAUUGUCGCCCAGAUCUCUUCCGAAUCAUUCAUGGAUUACGAACUUGUAUCCGAUUUCUUCCUCACCUUUCGACUUUAUCUCUCUACCGGUUCUCUUCUCUCCCUUCUCCUCGCGCGGUUGCAGUGGGCUAUCAAUCGCUUACAAGAGGACGGCAGGAUCAUCCGAAUUCGCACGUUCGCGGCCCUACGCCAUUGGAUUCUUAAUUACUUUGCCGACGACUUUGUCCCGGAUUUGAAAUUGCGAGCGCAUUUCUGUGAGUCAAUCAACCAGCUAUACGGUGAUGUAAAGGCCCGACAAGGCGGUGGCAUGAGUGAUCUGAAAAUCAUCAUCGAUCUCAAGCGUUGCUGGCACGGUAAAUGCUCGGCUUAUUGGGAUAUCCCCAAUAAGAACCUUUCAUAUCACAAUCCGGAUUACCCUAUCGACCCUGGCGGCAAUGAGCCGGCGUUUGGCGAGGAUUUCCAGAACAUCAUUCGUACGGACAGCAACCAAUCGUCGGCCCAAGGGGAAGUUCGAAAUCCACCACCAGCAGUCCGACACGAUCGAAAUAAUUCUUCUACUACAACAAAGAGCAUGCCAGUUUCCAUCGAUAGCGACUGGAGCGCGCCUGCGAUCUCCUGCUCAUUACCUUCGAAAUCCCCCAAACGGCUUUCUAUACCCUUUACAACGGUCAAAGCUCCGCAUCCGGUACCUGUAAUACCACCUAGACAAAUAGGCCCUCUACCCGAUCCAUCCUCACCAUUGUCCCCGAUUAGCUCAAGACGACAUCCUUUCUACGGCCAUGCUCACAAGCGUAGCGGGAGUUUCUCAGACUCUGUUCGAGAUGGCAGAGCCCCGCUCCCGUUACUCAGACUCGACAACAAGAGCUCCUUUUCCUCUCAAGAACCCUGUUACCUUGGAAGUUUGAUACGUGGUGAAUUAUAUGCCCCGGUUGAGUCGUAUAUGACCAUAUUAGCGCCUCCAUCCCCACCUCUCCCCUCUUCCGCCAAUACGGCAUUGGAUCGUCGAAGUACUGCGGGUGCUCCCCCGAAGUCUGCCACUUCUGGCUCGGGCGUAAAGACCAUAAUUGGUUCAAUUCGCCGCGUUUUCAAUAGCAAACAUGUUGGCCAUGGAUUCCAUCCACACCCUGUAAAUGGACCGUCAACGCGAGGGAAGACAUCAGCUCUGCCGACAAAUGUAGCCUUUAAAUCUGAUCUCUAUAGGGAGAGAAAAGUGGCCCCUCCUCCCAACAGGCCAAGCAAGAUUGAUCUUCUUUGCGACGAAGUUUUACGGCAGUAUCAUGAAGCCUUUAAUGGAAACGUCAAUUCCCAGACUGACAAUGCAGAUGGUCAGCAACGGCUCCUUUCCGGUUCGGAUCCAGUACCGGACAAUUUUCUCGUACCGGAUAAUGGUCGGGCACCAAGUCAAUUGACUACAGGCAGUGAAUCGAUCGUUAUCGUAGACGGUACCGGUCUGGGAUCUCCGACAAGUCUGGAGCAACCCCCGAGGUUUUUGACUGGAGCGAGUUUCCCUCCAACUCCUAAAGCAUAUACGUUUCUUGCGUCAUCUCGAGGUUCUACACUUGCUCCCGAUGAGUAUUCGCUGCCAAUUUAUUACGAAGAGAGUAUCCGAAGGCCGUCGAGAAGAGUGUCCACGUUUUUUCGUCCUUCUGGCGCUUCCACAUCACAAAGAUCAUCAUCUCUUGAGCGGGCGUCUAUUUCCUGGAAAAGGCCAUCGGUUUCCCUGGGCCUUCGCAAAUACGCAUCCUUCCAGAGUGUGAUUUCAAAGCGUCGGGCCGCUCAGGCUAGCGAGACGACAGGUUCGGUGACGGAUUCUUUCGAUAAUGAUUACUCAGAUAAGCGAGGUGGGCCUACUCUUAGAAGACGUCCUGGAGGGGAUUUGCGUCAAAUGCGUGAUGUUGGUGGAGGAGGAGGCCACUCCUACCCCGACUCCGGGUCGAUCUUAUCUGAUGCCACGUACGACAGCAUGGGGUACUCUCAGGAGGAACCAGCGUCGAGACCCCAGACGAUUCUUAUGCCCCCCAACCCUCGAUUUUCUCUCUUGAAGACACAUCCAUCUCAAAAUCUUCGACGUUCGUUUGAGGCGGCUAUUGCACGAUUUGCUGAGAUACCCGACGACGGUGAUGGGGGAAUUGAGUCGACACUACUAAAACUGGAAGGCAAAUGGAAGGCCCAAUCUGCCCAGGACGGCGGUAGCGCUAGCGCCGAUACUAGGCAAUUGUCUGAGUCUACUCAAACUCAGCCUGACAUCCAUCGUGAGGAAAGAACCUCGUAUGACCAGUACCUUGGCUCAAGUGUGGGGCCUGUCAAGGGUCAUCCCAAGAUUGGUGACAACCUGUCCUACUCGCAAGUCCGAGCAAGGAGCCUUACUCCUGGAGCCGACUCUGAAUCCAUCGUAGAGUCAGAAGAUUCCUACAGCUCCAUACCUCUUUUGGAGCGGGGACUUAGCGAUGAAUCAAUGAAGAAGCCUGCGGCAGAUCUGGUCUCUCUGCGUGGUGCCGCACAAUCUCGAAGUGGCCUAACCAGAGAAAUGUCGGAUAAUGGAUCAUCGCACCCAUCUAUUGAUAUGGUGAAGAAAACGGAAAGUUUGAAACGCAUUCCUACGGGGUCGACUCUCCCUGUGUAUAAUCCCGUGGACUUUAAGGCCAGGAGAUCCCGUCUGUCCGGCCUUUCAUCUGAGAUCUCAUCUGACCUCAUCGAGACACGAGAGGCUGUAGAUCAGCGACUGUCCUUCGACACACGAAGCCUUGCUGAAUCAUCGCUUAACAUACCCCCUCACCCUCUGGCGCACCCACCAUCUCCUCCGAUGACUAUACAGCAACCUCGAUCUGUGCAUUCUUAUCGAAAUUCAUUAAAUCCAAUUUUUGCCAAAGCGCAGCCUUUGACCCCGGACCCGUCACCCAUAAAUACGGCUCCAAGGAGGACACAUAUUCCGUCCGGUGACAUGCAUCAUGUCUCCGGUGACGUUCUUUCCCGUUCCGAAGCAGAUCACCAUCCGCAAGGGCCAAUUCAAGUUCAAGGUCCGCAUCAUGUACCCUUCGUUCUUUCGUGUGAAUCACAUAUUUUAGCUCAGCAAUUCACACUUGUCGAAAUGGCUGCCCUUGGUGAAGUGGACUGGAGGGAUCUUGUUGAUAGGAAAUGGAAUAGCGGCCCACACCUGACCACAAGUUGGGUGCAGUUUCUUCUUGAAGAUGGGCGCAGAGGCAUUGAUCUGGUCGUGGGACGGUUUAACAUCAUGGUGAAAUGGGCUCUCUCAGAAAUUGUGCUCACGAAUGACAUCCAUGAGCGAGCCCUUACAAUCACUAAACUUAUCCACACGGCUGCCCACGCACGGAGAAUGUGUAACUACGCAACAAUGCUGCAAAUUGCUAUUGCACUCUCAUCCACUGAUUGUUCUCGUCUCCGGGCCACGUGGGCUCUCGUCGCGCCUGAGGAUAGGCGUGUACUAAAGGAUAUUGAAUUACUCAUCCAGCCCGUUCGCAACUUCCAUGAACUACGUCUAGAGAUGGAGACGGCGAACUUGCAGGAAGGCUGCAUCCCGUUCGUUGGUAAGUCCUUUCCGCCCCCUUUUCGGAUUCAUGUUGAUCGGCACUUUAAUUAACCGACCUCCAGGCCUCUAUAUCCAUGACCUUACGUAUAAUGCCCAAAAGCCGGCGCAGUUGGCAGCAACCCGUGAUGGAGAGCCCUUGAUCAACUUUGAGCGCUAUCGAACGAAGGCGAGAAUCGUCAAGAGUCUUCUUCGAUUGAUAGAUGCGAGCACAAAGUACAAUUUUGAACCGGUGCCAGGCAUCAUCGAACGCGUUCUUUGGAUUGCAUCAUUGUCAGAGGAUCAGAUCCAAACUCGCAGCAAACUGUUGGAUUAAGUAAGUG